ACCGUGUCUUUCAAGAGUUCUCUGUUCUGAUUGGUGGGGGAGGGACUUGAGGGAGCAGCGGAGUUAGUGGGCAGGAGGGAGAUGAAAAAGAGCGCGAGAGACGGGAGAGCGGAGAGAGUUAAGGGAGAGGAAACCAGUGGGAAAAGUACGUAAAAGUGAAGUAAAAAAUUGUAUUUUGAGGGUAACAACCCUUUAUUUCAGCAAUAGCAGUAAGACCAAGAUAUAUUGUCUUGGUUAAGCAGGGUUACGUGAGUUAUUACUGUGUUUAUGCACAGUGUUUAUAUACUAAAGCACUGUAGUUAGCUUAGCAAGCUAACUGCAAGCUAACUGGCUAAUUAAGCUAGCUGAGUGUGACGGAGCUAGCUAACGCUCAGGACUGAUUCACUCUGCGUGGUUCUGGCGGGAAGAAGACGCCGUAGCCAAGGUCAGAUAGAUGUGACCAGGUAAGUUAAAGUAGUGUGGGUCCUCUAAUGAAGAUUUCUGCCUGGUUCUCUGGUCCUGUUCUCCUACAGACACUGAACUGUAAGCUGUGUCUGUAAGGUGUGAACGGGGCGUGGAAGUGUUCUAUAAUAAGGGUUGUGGAACAGGUUGACACUUCACUUCACAAAUCAGACUACUUUGCUGUGAACAGCCUUCGCUUGAUGUCAAGAUGUUGAGGGGUCUCUGCUGCAAACGCUUGAAACGAGAACCUGAUAUUCCAGAAGGCCCCUUACUUCGCAUAGUGAUGAUAGGAAAAACUGGAGUUGGGAAAAGUGCUCUUGGGAACACCAUCCUUGGCAGAAAUGCAUUUGAAUCACGUCCCACAGCGAAUUCGGUGACCAGCACUUGCAAAAAGGAAAAAGUCAAUGAUGCAAGGGACAUUUACAUCAUUGACACUCCUGGUAUCUUGGACACCAGCAAAACAACAGAGAGCAUCAAAAAAGAAAUAGUAAAAUGUAUCCAGAUUUCAGCUCCUGGACCGCACGUCUUCUUGCUGGUGCUGCAAAUUGGCCGUUUCACCACUGAAGAGCAAAAUGCUGUGAGGGGCCUGCAGGAGCUCUUUGGAGAUGAAGCUUCUAAGUACAUGAUUGUGGUGUUCACACAUGGGGAUGCAUUGCGAGAUCAAUCAAUAGAAGAUUAUGUGCGCACUGGAUGUUCCAAACUCCAUAAAGUGAUUGAGUCUUGUGGGGGAAGAUACGUCGUCUUCAACAACAACAACUCACAAGACCGAAAGCAAGUCAGGAAUCUUUUUGUUAAGAUUGAUGCAAUGGUUUCAGUCAAUGGAGGAAGUUACUUCACCCAAGAAAUGUAUAAAGAAGCUGAACAAAAAAUCCAGGAGCGGAAGAUGGCAAGGGAGCUGGCCGAGUAUGAAGCAUAUGAGUUCAGCUUCCUCCCUGCUCUCCAUCAGAGAAUUGUUAUCUUUCAACAACUUCUUUUGAAGGAGUUUGUUUAAAAGAAGGAAAACAGCAGCACAUGCAUUACUUUACAGCCUAUUUGCACAGAAGCUAAAACUAUUUUUUGUCUGUAAAAAUGUAAUCACUCUCUUUUUCAGAAAGUUUUAGGAAAUCAGUGUAUAAUUGUGUGUAUAAUUCUCAUUCUCCACACUAUUUGAAUACAUAUAUCUUUACAAAAGUAUUACCCAUGCAUUUGUCAACAUGGAACCCUUCCAAAUCUAUCUGUCUAUGUAUAUAUUUUUAUCGUUCGGUCUAUCGGUCUAUCGUCUAUAUUUUGGUUACGAAUCCACUAUGUAUGUCCUUGUGUAAAGCCAAUUCUAUGCUAUAAUGUGAAGAUGUUCAUAUGUAAAUGCAAAUUACUGUAAAUAAUGAAGUACUGUAAAUUAAAAUAAAAUUACAGUUCAAUUGUA